AUGACCAGAUUAUCUGGUCGAACCUCCGUGAGAAGCACCUGCCGGUAUGAUAUUGAUCAAAACUGCCUUCUGGGGAAGGGCGCCUUUGGAAUAGUGUACAAAGGAAAAAUUGUGAAACGCGGAAAUUUUAAUAGUACAGAGACUACUGUUGCUGUCAAGGUGACGUACUGGGAGCAGGGAACGAAAUCUCAAAGCCGCGUCGAGGACUGGCUGGAAUUAAUUGAACGAUGGAAAAGGCUGUUCAACUUCCGACCACAUGCUCAUUUGAUAUCGUAUCAUAAAUUAUCAUUCAACGUAGCCAGCGGUGGAUUUGUUGGUUUUGAAUUUCUGAUGGAUUACUGCGAUGGCGGUGACCUGGCCACUGUGCUAAGCAAGCCCAACUGCAAAGAGCCAUCUCAGCGAGAAGCCAGCAAGCUGGUUAACGAGUUGACAGUUGCUUGUCACACUAUGCAGAUUGCUGCAGGACUGGAGUACCUGCAUAAAAACCAGUUUGUCCACAUGGAUCUGAAGCCACACAAUAUCCUGGUGAAGAUACAGCGGACAGGGCAUCACAGACUGGUAAUUGCGGACUUGGAUGACAUUAUACAGAUGCGCGAAGCACAAACCCACUCGUGUGAUUUUCCCCCGAACAACGUCCGUGGUACUCUCCGCUAUAUGUCACCGGAAAUGCUGAAAACAUUUGCCAACAUGCCGUCUUUAGAGAAAGCAGGGCAAAACACCGAUGUGUGGAGUUUAGGAUGUGUUAUGCAAGAUUUAAUUGACUACUGUUACGGUAUUGAAGAAAGAACUCUCCGCAAGACGACGACGGAAUUUCCUUGCAAUGAUGUUAUUAUGGAUAACACGACUAAAGACUUCCAGUACAUGAAACUAAUCGAUAAGGUUAUCUGCCGGUAG